GAUGGCCGCCGAAACCAGGAAAUCCAGACGCACACAAUCGAUUUCCUCAUUGCCCGCCCCUCUCCGAUCCCUUCCUCUGCAACAACUCCAAUUUCUUCUUCUCCACUCUCACUCCCCCCUCCCCAACACUCUGUCUUUGUGCGUUUCCCUCAAGUGUCUCUAGCUAGCUCUCUACCCACUUUCUUAAUUCAGGAAUGGAGUUUGCAGGGAAGACGAUCUGUGAGAACGGCAAUGGGUUGUUCCACCAUAACGAUGCCAAGUGUGCGAAGGACCCCUUGAACUGGGGUGCUGCUGCCGAGUCCCUCAAGGGCAGCCACCUCGACCAGGUGAAGAAGAUGGUGGAGGAGUUCAGGAACCCCACAGUGAGGCUCCAAGGGGAGACGCUCACCAUCGCCCAGGUGACGAGCGUCGCCCGGAAGGAGCUCGACGUGAAGGUUGAGCUAUCCGAGUCGGCUCGGGCGCGCGUCAACUCGAGCUGCGAGUGGAUUGUCGAGAGCAUGAACAAGGGGACGGACAGUUACGGCGUCACCACCGGGUUUGGGGCGACGUCCCACCGGCGCACCAAGCAAGGAGGGGCCCUGCAGAGGGAGCUGAUCAGGUUCCUCAACGCGGGCAUCUUCGGCUGUGGCCCCGAAGACGGCUGCACCCUCCCCCGCUCAACGUCCCGUGCUGCCAUGCUCGUCCGGGCCAACACUCUUCUCCAGGGAUACUCCGGCAUCCGCUUUGAAAUCCUUGAAGCCAUCGCUCGGCUACUGAACCACGGUGUGACCCCAUGCCUUCCGCUCCGGGGAACCAUCACCGCCUCCGGGGACCUCGUGCCCUUGUCCUACAUCGCUGGGCUGCUCACAGGACGACCGAACUCUAAGGCGGUCGGACCAAAGGGCGAGGUUCUGGACGCGGCCGAGGCGUUCAAGCUCGCCCACAUCCCCAGCGGCUUCUUCGAGCUGGGGCCCAAGGAGGGGCUGGCGCUUGUGAACGGCACGGCAGUGGGCUCGGCCUUGGCUUCAACCGUUCUCUUUGACGCCAACAUACUGGCGCUCCUCUCCGAGGUUCUCUCUGCAGUGUUUUGCGAGGUGAUGAACGGCAAGCCCGAGUUCACGGACCACCUGACCCACAAGUUGAAGCACCACCCGGGGCAGAUCGAGGCUGCAGCCAUCAUGGAACACGUGCUUGAGGGCAGUUCUUACAUGAAGGAGGCAGCCAGGCUGCACGAGAUGGACCCUCUGCAGAAGCCGAAGCAGGACAGGUACGCACUCAGGACGUCCCCGCAGUGGCUGGGCCCUCAAAUUGAGGUCAUCAGAGCUGCAACCCAGUCCAUCCAGAGGGAGAUCAACUCCGUCAAUGACAACCCAUUGAUCGACGUCUCGAGGAACAAGUGCCUCCAUGGCGGCAACUUCCAGGGCACCCCAAUCGGCGUGUCCAUGGACAACGCGAGGCUGGCCCUGGCAGCCAUCGGCAAGCUCCUGUUCGCGCAAUUCUCCGAGCUCGUCAACGACUUCUACAACAACGGCCUGCCCUCGAACCUUAGCGGCGGCUCCAACCCCAGCCUGGACUACGGGUUCAAGGGUGCAGAGAUAGCCAUGGCCUCAUACUGCUCCGAGCUCCAAUUCCUCGCCAACCCCGUUACCAACCACGUCCAAAGCGCAGAACAACACAACCAGGACGUGAACUCUCUAGGCCUUAUAUCUUCAAGGAAGACGGCAGAAGCAGUAGAGAUACUGAAGCUCAUGUCUUCCACCUACAUCGUCGCGCUCUGCCAAGCGAUCGAUCUGAGACACGCAGAGGAGAACUUGAGGCAUGUGGUGAAGACGGUCGUCAGCCAAUCGGCCAAACGCACUCUCACCAUCGGCGUCAACGGGGAGCUCCUUCCCUCUAGGUUCUGCGAGAAGGAUUUGCUGAAGGUGGUGGAGAGGGAGUACGUCUUCGCAUACAUAGAUGACCCAUGCAGUGCGACCUACCCUCUCAUGCAGAAGCUCAGGCAGGUGAUCGUCGAGCACGCUCUGAACAAUGGAGAGAAGGAGAAGGACGCCUGCACCUCCAUCUUCCAGAGGAUUGCCGAGUUUGAGGAGGAGCUCAAGGCCCACCUGCCUAAAGAGGUGGAGAACGUCAGAAGAUCGCUGGAAAGCGGGAGCGCAGGAAUCCCAAACAGGAUUAAGGACUGCAGGUCGUAUCCUUUGUACAAGUUCGUGAGGGAGGAGCUUAGCACCGGAAUCCUCACCGGAGAGAAAGCCCGGUCUCCAGGCGAGGACUUUGAUAAGGUCUUCAGGGCCAUGGGCGAGUGGAAAAUUGUGGAUCCCUUGUUGGAGUGCUUAAAGGGUUGGAACGGCUGCCCACUGCCAAUCUGCUAAAGGGAAUUUCCAUGACUCAUUACUCGAUUCUUCUUCCUUAAUUAUUGCUGGAGUUCGUCUCUUUGUUCUUUGUCAAUCAGAAACCUGUUUUUUCCACUUUGGUAGAGGACGUAAAUUAAGCUGGUAUUGUCCUUUGAAAGUUUACAUAUGAAAAAUGUGUAAAUUUGUUUUCUGCAGUAAGGUACUAAGGUUGAUAUAUUGUAAUCACUGCAAAAGUGGAAGUUUUUCUAUACACAUAUAUAUUCAAUAAACGGAAGAUUUGAUACA